CACCAUGAAUGACGUGGCCAUCGUGAAGGAGGGCUGGCUGCAUAAGCGAGGAGAGUACAUCAAGACCUGGCGGCCACGCUACUUCCUGCUCAAGAGCGAUGGCACCUUCAUCGGCUACAAGGAGCGGCCGCAGGACGUGGACCAGCGGGAGUCGCCCCUCAACAACUUCUCCGUGGCACAAUGCCAGCUGAUGAAGACUGAGCGGCCCCGGCCCAACACCUUCAUCAUUCGCUGCCUGCAGUGGACCACAGUCAUCGAGAGGACCUUCCACGUGGAGACGCCGGAGGAGCGGGAGGAAUGGACCACGGCCAUCCAGACAGUGGCCGACGGGCUGAAGAAGCAGGAGGAGGAUAUGAUGGAUUUCCGGUCGAGCUCGCCCAGCGACAACUCGGGGGCUGAGGAGAUGGAGGUGUCCCUGACCAAGCCCAAGCACCGUGUGACUAUGAAUGAGUUCGAGUACUUGAAGCUCCUGGGCAAGGGCACCUUUGGGAAGGUGAUCCUGGUGAAGGAGAAGGCCACAGGCCGCUACUACGCCAUGAAGAUCCUCAAGAAGGAGGUCAUCGUAGCCAAGGACGAGGUUGCGCACACGCUCACGGAGAACCGCGUCCUCCAGAACUCCAGACACCCGUUCCUGACGGCCCUGAAGUACUCUUUCCAGACCCAUGACCGUCUCUGCUUCGUCAUGGAAUAUGCCAAUGGGGGCGAGCUCUUCUUCCACUUGUCCCGGGAGCGCGUGUUCUCUGAGGAGCGCGCCCGCUUCUAUGGCGCUGAGAUCGUGUCGGCCCUGGAUUACCUGCACUCAGAGAAGAACGUGGUCUACAGGGACCUCAAGCUUGAGAACCUCAUGCUGGACAAGGACGGACACAUCAAGAUCACAGAUUUUGGGCUGUGCAAGGAGGGCAUCAAGGACGGUGCCACCAUGAAGACCUUCUGUGGGACGCCCGAGUACCUGGCCCCUGAGGUGCUGGAGGACAAUGACUACGGGCGGGCCGUGGACUGGUGGGGGCUGGGCGUGGUCAUGUAUGAGAUGACUUGUGGCCGUCUGCCCUUCUACAACCAAGACCAUGAGAAGCUCUUUGAGCUCAUCCUCAUGGAGGAGAUCCGCUUCCCACGCACGCUCAGCCCCGAGGCCAAGUCGCUGCUCUCGGGCCUGCUCAAGAAGGACCCCAAGCAGAGGCUUGGCGGGGGCGCUGAGGAUGCCAAGGAGAUCAUGCAGCACCGCUUCUUCGCCGGCAUCGUGUGGCAGGACGUGUAUGAGAAGAAGCUCAGCCCGCCCUUCAAGCCCCAGGUCACUUCCGAGACGGACACGCGGUAUUUUGACGAGGAGUUCACAGCCCAGAUGAUCACCAUCACUCCUCCUGACCAAGAUGACAACAUGGAGUGUGCUGACAGCGAGCGCAGACCCCACUUCCCUCAGUUCUCCUACUCGGCCAGCGGCACGGCCUGACCCGGGCCCGGACGGCCCGGG